AUGACUGCAGAUAUCGACAGCACUUUGAAUUCCGAAAGUAUUCCAAUGCUUCGUAAAAGUUCAGAAGGGUUUGCAUUGACCAGCUCUUCUUCCAAUCAUUCUGCGCACUUUUACAUUGGAAGCUCCUCCGCUGAAGGAACGUGUGACCAGUUUCUAACGGAAUUAGAAAUUAAUUCUAAACCAGUGGCAUACUCUCCAGCACAAUUUCCUGGAAGAGAAGAUGAUAUUCCUAAUGAGCAUACCAAGCCUUCCACAAUUGACAAUGAAUGUAUUGCACACGUUAUUACUAGAUUAUCGAGUAGUUCUCCGGAUGAAAUUUCUUGUGCAGCUGCUUACCUUUGCCACUUAACCUACAAGAAUGACGAAGUAAAGGGGAUGGUUUGCGAGUUAGAUGGCAUAAAUGCAUUAUCAGAGCUGCUUCUUACAACUAAUAGGGAUGUGAAGAAAUACGCCGUUUUUGUCUUGCGCAAUCUGUCACAUGAUCCAACACCAGAAAUUCAAAAAAGAAUGGAUGACGCAUCUGUCAUUUCCAACCUUCUUGUUGUCUUGAAUGAAAUUGCUAAUGAUGAACCUUUUCUGUCUAUGUCGACAAACGAUAAUAUUAUAGAAUCUGCAGCUGCCACUUUAUGCAACUUAGCUCUCUAUCAAAACUUUAAAGAUGCCAUCAGUAGAAACUGUGUGCCUUACAUGAUUAAAACAAUAAUUCUACCCUAUUGCGAGAUUAUUAAGAACCAAAGUUCGCAUGAUCAGUCGGAGGGUUCUACUGAAAACACCAAACUUUCAGCUUUCAUAUAUGCAACUGGGACAAUAAGAAAUUUGUUAGAUGAAAAUGCUGAAAAUCGACACCAUCUAAGGGAAACUCCUGGAUUUAUUAAUGCACUCACUUAUAUUUGCGCUCAGUGCAUCGAUGAUUAUGAAUAUGAUUGCAAAGCUCUUGAAAACUGCGUCUGUAUUCUACGCAAUCUCAGUUUUGCCCUACAAGAAAUUCGGGAUCCAGCUUAUCUGAUUCGUAGAGAGGCUGAAUAUUCAAAAUUAACCACCACCCCGAGGGAGGAGAAGAAACUGGAAUUCAAUUUCCCCCACAGUGAAACUAGAAAAAGACCUCGUGGCUUAGUUAUGAAUUUGAGGCGAUCCUCUACAACAAAUAUCUGGAUGUCCGGAGGAUUGGAUUACUUGGAGAGACCACCGUCCAAUUUAGAGUGCCUUCAAGGUAGCCGAUUACUCUGGGAUCUCAGUCUCGUUGAGAAUUAUAUGAGCAUUCUUCGCCAUUCAUCAAAUUGUGUUACAUUGGAGGCAGCAGCCGGGGCUAUUCAGAAUCUUACUGCCUGCGACUGGCAACCCAGUGUUGAAGUUCGCUCAAUUUUCCACGGUGGAGACAGCAUUCUGGUACUAGCAGCCCCGUUGAUAUCCGAAGAUGAUGGUCUUGUACAAACAACGGCGACAGCUUUGAGGAAUGUAGCAGAGCAAGAAGAUUUUCGAAGUCAAAUCGCAUUCUACGCGAUGAGGCUCCUGAUAUCACGACUGCCGGUUCUACAAGCAACUAAUAUCAUGGAUGCAGAAAUGGUUCUUCCUACCCAGAACCUUGUUAGCCUACCUACUGCGUCCGCUAUUCUUUCUGCGCUCUAUGUACUUGUCAAAGACAGUGCGGAACGAGCUUCGCUGUUUUUGGAUUGUGGUGGUAUACAACCAUGCAUGGCGAUAGCACAUACCGGUCUUUAUCUGGACCCUAAGGACCCAAUACCUUCCAAUAGAGACAAGACAGUUCGAUUCGCUCGCUUUCUACUUCAAACCCUCUGGAAGCAAAAGGAACUUCGUGAGCGUCUCCAGAAAGCCGGUUGGCGUGCUGCUCACUUCUGCAUACGUGAACCGAUCAUUCGACCUGCGCUUAAGCAAUGCUUCCUAACUAACACUCAACCAACUGACACAAAACAAGUUGCCACUGGAGAAACACGACUUAUUGGCACUCCCGUACCUCUUGGACGGGUUAAUGAGAAAGGAGAGUUGAUUCAAGAAGAUAAGGAGGUUGCUCUACCUGUGAGGGCGGGACCGGAUUUUCCUAGUUCCUCCAGUAGCGGUCGAACGCCAAUACCUACUCCACGAGGUUCCCUCAAACCAGCCACCUCUGCCCUCGAUUUGUCUCAACCGUUGCAUAACGGCGUGGUAUACCCGCAUUCGAUUCCUGGGUCAGCACCUCUACUCCAAUUGCCGGAUUCACCAUCAGCUCAAGGUCGUAUUAGUAGACGAGCAUCGCGUUUGAGCGUAGUCUCUGGGGUACCAAUGCGUUCAUAUUCACAAAAUGGUGUGUUGAUCGACAUCAUUGCUACAGUUGGUAUGGUUGAGCUCAUUUGCCGUUGCUUGCAUAUGCAUAUUAACUUUGAAUUCCCUCUUUCUGUAUUCAAGCCAGAUUCUCCUCCACCUCCUCAAGGACGCAUUAGUAGACAGCCGUCGCGAUUGAGCACAGCCCCUGAGGGAUUAAGGUCGCAAACUCCGUGCGCACGUUCACAAGAAAGUGGGUCAAAUGUUACUGAAAUAAACAGAGGAGGAUAUUUCUCGCGACUUAAUGUUCCACAAGUUAUCGCGCAACAUCCAACUCCAAAAAGAGAGAUUCACAUCGAGAGGUCGGUCAGUCCAUUCUUGAGACCCUCGCCAUCAAACCAGGACAUCAGAUCACUGGGUAGAUGUUUUCGGAAUCACUUAUUUAUGUACAUGUAUCCCCAUUUUUUAUGCCUUAAUGCGAUUCUUUUUAAAGUUCCAACUACGCCUUCUAGAGCCCGCAACCAACUGUGUGUGCCUGGUCAGGAGGGAACGCUGGGUGGUCCGCGUAUUGAUUUACACCGUAGUGCAAGUGAUAUGGUCCUGGAAAUUCCAGGGGAAGAUCGUUCACUUGCCAGAAGAAGCAUACAUCAUUCCAAUUCCGACAUGUCGCCAACAAUGGAGGUUGCCCAUUCUCCUAUGCAUAUUAUUCCCCCCACGCCUAAAGUCCGACCUCCCGUUGUUCCAGCUUCAUCAUCUCGUCCGCAUCCUCCAAAACACCCCAAAGAUUGGGUGCAAUCUUCUAACCAAAGCUUGCUGAUGAAAAAUAAUGGAGAUCUUCUAUCCUGGUCUUCAUCAUCGAGAAGUUCUAGUUACCGUCUUACGGCUCCACCAAGAAAAUCUCAUGUUACCACAGUAUUUGUUGGUCCUCUUAGAGUUAUGGACAGCUAUCAACGCCUCAGUGAAAACCCUUUUGCUGAUCCUAGUACAACUGGUGUUGGUGGUGUUACGGAUCACCGUCCACCUGCUACAGUGACCGUAAUUCAAGAUCAAGGUCUUGAUGGCUUUAAUCCUUUUGGUGAGAAGGAACCAUCAAAUACAACUGCACCACCUUAUCCAACUUCAACAACACCAAAGCUUACAACUGAUGAGCUUCAACGCCGGCAGGAAGAACUUGAACGUCGGGCUGCAGAAUUGUCUCGAAGGGAAGAGGAGUACAGACGACUAGAAGAACAAGCCUCUCAAUCCGGUGGAAUUCCAGGUUCGUGA